UUUUAAUAUUGUUACUUCAUUACGUUUAUAAUAGUAGUCACUAUACUCAAAAAUUGUUAAAUGCCGCCCAAGUUUGAUCCUGAACAAGUUAAUUACGUAUACAUAAAGUGUAUUGGUGGUCAACCUCCGCCAACCGCAAAUUUGGCUCCUAAAAUCGGUGCUUUUGGCAUAGCUCCUAAAAAAGUAGGCGAUCAAAUAGCAGCAGAUACCGUUUCAUUUAAAGGUAUCAAGUGCCAUGUUGCUAUAAGAAUUCAAAAUCGGCAGGCUACUACUUCCAUUGUGCCUUCUGCUUCGGCUCUUAUAUUGCGUGCUUUACGAGAACCGAUUCGUGAUCGCAAAAAGGAAAAAAAUGUUAAGCAUAGCGGGAGUAUCACCUUUAGUGAUUUAUUAAAUAUUGGACAGCAAAUGCGAGAAAGAUCACUUGCCAAAGAAAUGUCCGGAACCUUGUGCGAGAUUCUUGGAACUUGCCAUUCUAUUGGCUGUAAAGUUGAUGGUUUACCUGCACCCGAAAUGAUCGCCAAAAUUAGAAGUGGCGAAUUUGAUGAGUUAAUUGGAGCGGCUUAGGAAAACCUUUUUAAUAAUAAACUUGAUUAUUAUUUGAA